CAAGUGCAAGAGGAACAGGCACACCCCCCUCCGUCAUAGUCCGCCCCCCAGACCCGUGGGCGAAAAAUAAUAACUUAAAGAGUUUUGAUGCAGACCAGUCAUAUCAAGCACAUCGGCAUGGAAAAGACGUGACCGAUGGAGUGAAUGGGUAUCAUCAGAAGUGUUUUCUCUGAAAAUACUGCGUGAUUUUUGAUAACAGAACAGAAGGAUGCUCCUGGACUAUGGAUGGAAACGGUGGUGUCAGUCCGUCCUGAAGGGGGAAUCUUAGAGGCGUCCCUUUAAGAUGACACGGGUGGUGGUGCUGAUGUCAGUCCGUCCUGAAGGGGGAAUCUUAGAGGCGUCCCUUUAAGAUGACACGGACGGACCCUCCUGACAUACUGGCAUCCACGCUGUACCAAGACAUCAGCAUCAGGCCUACAAGUGGCCGCCCCAUGUCCUUCGCCUCCUCCAAACAGUGCGAAGCCCAGAUGAUCGGCACUCUGGAGCAAAACCACGAGGUCAUCAACAAGAGGCACUGCCGCAGCUUCGACUUCAUCGAGUCCCUGGACGACCCCAAGUCCUUUUCCUCCGCCAUGGACUACGCCUACGGGACAGAGCGGCCGUCGGCCGGCAAAGAUGGCCUCUGGAGCGGCCUCGGUCAGCCGGGGCACCUCCGUUUCUCGUCGCCGGACCUGUUCAACACGAAGCUGCCGGCUCAGCAGGUCGCCAUGGAAACCAGCGCCGGGGCCGAGGCUGCCAGGGCUGAUGGGAAGGGCAAGGCCCGCUCCAAAAGUACCCCGCGGGUCCGUGCCACGCUCACGCCGGUGCCCAUCACGGUGUCGCCCCCGUCGGCGCGGAGGGCGAGGGACAGCCAGCGGGCGCCCUCGGUCGACCCCCAGCUGAGGCCUGAGGCGUCCGGCCCGUUCCCCGCUGCCAGGGAGGCGUCUCACUACCCCAACCGGGCGCUGGUGAACGAGGUGCACCCCAUCAAGCUGCAGCCGCACACGCCCCUCUACGUGUCCGACUGCUUCGAGGAGCCAAAGCCGGACAAGCCCAGCACGAGCCCGCAUGUGCGCUGCCGCGUGGACAUCAAGCCCGACGCUGCCGUCCUCCAGCACGCCGCCAGGCGUCCCCCCGCCCCGAGGGUCGACCCAGCCUGGCAGCGCUACUCCACGUCGGGCAUCACCGGACUCUCCGUGCCCCGCCAGACGGGCACCUCCCGGACGCCCACGCCAAGCGACUGCUACAGGAUGGACUACCGGCAGUCCUACGCUUACCCACCCUGCAUGCCCGGCAACUACGCCCACCCGGCGGACAUCCCGCUGGGCCGAGUGCCCUCCCCCCGAGACCCCAGAGACAUGCUAGGCAGGGAGUACCGGACCCUGUCCACCCCAAACAUUCCCACCAAGUUCUUCUACACAGAGGACCCGUGCAGGUACCCGGUCCAGCCCCAGGGCAGAACCUACUACCAGGACGACCAGUUCAGCCUGGCCAGCAGCACCAGCCACCUGCCCUCGCUCAGCGGGCAGUACCCCCAGGACCCGCGGGUCCGCUGGGUGCACACUCUCCCGGUGCGGCCCUGCUACGGUGAGGUUAAGGCCCGGCGCGACCCUGCGGCGGAAGCCUUCUUCAGCAGACCCUACUCCGUGAGCGAACCAGGGCCGUACUACAUGCCCCCACCCCAGACUCAGGGCUACUACCGAGACGACCCCAGAGGAUACCCCUACCCGUCUGACCCGUCGAAGAUCUUCUACACGAGACCGUGCCAAUCGGCGGCGGACUACAGCAUUCCCGUGCGCCAUCCCUACUACAUGGACGGCCGGCAUCAGCCCCGGACGUCGCAAGUGUUCUCCGACUCAGACUGGCAGCGGUCCAGCAUCUCGGGCUUCUCCAGCCACUACGCCUCCUCGCAGGCCACACCGCAGCGUGCCAGGCACGACCCCUGCAUGACCCCCUGGUACCCCAACGACUUCUCUGAGCCCAGGCUGGGCGCCGACGUCCGGCACUACUCCAAGUCCUGGGACAACAUCCUGACCCCGCACCCGCACGCAGAGCGAGAGCAGGCCUUCCCGCGCGGCCGGAGCUACGAGAACCUCUUCAACCACGCCAGGCACGCUGCGCCGCCCGACGUCAGGCAGCAGCCGGUCAUCGUGAACCUGUCCAGCUCGCCCCGGCGCUACGCGGCGCUGUCCCUCUCGGAGAACUCUCUGGAGAAGUGCCACAGCGACAGCGCCCGCAGCAGCGUGAGCCGGCACUGGUACGUCACCCCCGAGAUCACCAUCACGGACAACGACCUCCGCGCCGCCAACCAGCGCAAGCGGGAGGGCGGCUCGGGGCACUCUGUGACCUGGGGAGUACCUAACGGCAUUCAGCCCACGGCCUCAGUGGUCAACCACCAGCAGUCAACCGUGAGUGGGCCGGAUGCAAGCAAGGACAGAAAACACAACAACUACUCUCUCCAGCAGAGCUUGGAGCAGCUGGAUGAGCUGCUAGCUGACCUGGUCAUCGACUACAAGCCUCCGAACAGCAGACGUCCCAGCGAGGACCUGAUCGAUCAGCUCAAACAGCUGAUCAGCGACGACGACCUCAUGGAGGUCAAGCCAACCUCGUUUGGGCCGGACGACCAACUGCUGGCGAACUCGCAGGAGUCCUCGGCGAAGACAAGCCCGGACACUCCCAGGGACCCGGACAGCGGCUGCGACGGCAUGCAGCCGAGCCUGGACGACUUCUCGUUCAACCACAGUCCCGACGAGGACAACUCCAUGACCUGCUCCAACGGCAAGUGUGGCCGCAAGGAGAGCCUGUUCAACGCGUGCCUGUACUUCAAGUCCUGCCACAGCUGCUACACGUUCUACUGCUCGCGGAACUGCCGUCGGGAGGACUGGGACAGCCACAAGGAGAACUGCCUGUACGGACGCAUCAGCAGCGUGUGUCGCCACAUCCUCAAGCACUGCAGGGAGACGCCGGACAUCCACAAGGCCUUCUCGCGCAUCGCCAAAGUGGGCUACUUGUCGCGGGGGCGAGGGGUGCUGUUCCUGGGGUUCCCCAACUCAGGGUCCGCGGACAACUUCAUGAAGGUGGGUCUGGAGAGCCUCCUGAUGUCGCCGACUUACCUGUCUCUCCGAGAACUGGACAGUUUCAAGGACAACCUGGGAGAGUACUGCAAGGAGCUGCAGGAGGCCGGGAAGGAGUACGACCCCAACGAAUGUUUCCUCUUGAACGUGUCCAUUGCCGUCGGCGAGCUAGUGCCUAACAAACCGUCCCCCAGGGUCCAAACGCCCACCGUUCGCAAGUACGCCAAGGUGUCCCUGGCCUCCUCCAGCCCGGACAAGAAGGUCAUCAGGAAGGGGAGCGACAUGGAGACCCUGAUCCUCACGCCGCCGCCGGGGACGUCGGACAUGGACGUCAGCGGCGAGGAGGGCCAGAAGGCCCGGGAGAUCUGCUUCAUCAACAUCCAGAGGGAGCUGCGGACGCGAGGCGUCUUCCUGCGGCACGAGUACCCGCAGAUCUACAAGCAGCUGUGCGAGUUCGUGGAGACCAACAAGAGGUUCACGCCCACCACCAUCUACCCCGUGGACAAGAGGACCGGCAAGCAGUUCAUGUGCAUGAUCAUGGCCGCAUCCGAGCCCAGAACGCUCGACUGGGUCGGCGCGCCACGUCUCUUAGAUGACAUCAUAUGAGCCCAGAAGCCCAGAACGCUGGACUGGGUCGGCGCGCCACAUCUCUUAGAUGACAUCAUAUGAGCCCAGAACGCUCGACUGGGUCGGCGCGCCACAUCUCUUAGAUGACAUCACAAGAGCCCAGAAUGCUGGACUGGGUUGGCAUGCCACACUUCUUAGAUGACAUCACAAGAGCCCAGAAUGCUGGACUGGGUUGGCAUGCCACACUUCUUAGAUGACAUCACAAGAGCCCAGAAUGCUGGACUCACUCAGCAGAUAUCAUCUCUUACACAUUAUCAUACAAUUCUCUGCACCUUCUGUACGAUGUAUUAUAUGUGCAUAAUUUAACAAACGUAUUUAUAAUUCCUGUUUUUAGAUGCGAUGUAUUUUGCUACAGAAUAUAUAUCUCUAUAUCUAUAUCAAUAUUUGCCAGCCUGUCACCUUCGGCCACGAGGUGAUAACAGCUUGUAGAAUGCAAAAUACAAACAAGAUGUACAUUUCUCAAAUAAUGCUAAUGAUUCACUUUUGAAAUGGCUUCAUUUACUUGAUUAUGUGUUUCUUUUUGAAAUGAAUUGCUUUACAGCAAAGCACUUGGCUUCAGUAAAAGACAGACUUUCCCAUCUGUUCUAGAUACUCCCCAAAAUGAAUGGAUUUGACUUCUGUGUUCAGAUGCAAACGGCUAUGCAUGUAUAUGACGCAUGCAUGUGACAUGCACUUUGACAUUCCUCUGGUUGUUAUGAGAUAUUUGUUAUGAAAAAUGAUAUUUUCAGACCACAGACAUAUUUUGUUCACUGAUGAAGAAGGUGAUGUGUGAGUUGUUGUGAGCUUCUGAAAGAAGAGAAAGUCGAGUCAGGUUCUCUAAAGUGAUGUAAUUGUGUCCCUCUGAAGUUGAACUGUUUGCUGUCAGCAUUUCCAGUUUUUGUGCUUCUAAUGGUGGUGACGGAAGAGAAAUGUACAAUAUAUAAUACAAGAAUACAUAAACUAAACAGUAUCACACUUUCUGUGUUAUAAGUAUUCAGUACAAGAAGUAUUGUAGCUACUGUAAGUAUUGGUGUGUGGCUCUUCUCCAUGUUACAACUAAUCUGCUCCUUCAUGCUCAGUCUGUUUCACUAAUGAAUUAUUUAGAAAAGUAUGUAAUGCAGCAAAUCUAACGCAACAAUAAGCCGAUUACUAAACGCAUCAUGCCAUACAGGCACUUUGCCCAAGGAACAAAGUGCUUAAAUAUGUACAAGGGUUAGUUUUUACAAAAUGUUAUACAGUUAAAACUGGGUGAACGAUUACUUGCUAAACUACUGAACUUAUACCAUAUGAAACGGGGAGAAGUGACCUUUAUAUAUUUGUAAAGUGCUGCUGUCUUUAAGUUGUAACCGUCGCGAAUAGAGUUGCUUAGCAACAGGUCUCAUCCUUCUUCUGUGACUUUUCCACAGUACAGCACUGAGUUGUGUGCAUGUGUGUGUGUGUGUGUGUGUGUGUGUGUGUGUGUGUGUGUGUGUGUGUGAGAGAGAGAUGUAGUGUGCAACUGCUUUGACAAAGCCAAUAUAAGAUUUUUUGUGGGGUUUGAGUUGUCUAUCAUCAGCGGUUUAUUUUAUUUUAUUUGUUUUAAUGUUAAAACCAUAAUCAAAAGAUAUGUAUGGAAAACAUAAAAUGUUUAAAAUCUAGCCUUGAGGCGGCUUUAUAUUUAGCUCAAGAAACAUCUAAGGAGUAUAUUUUUUAUUUUUAAGGCUUAACACUGAAGGCAAUACUUUGGAAAUAUUUUUAUGACUGAGAAAUUAACAGAAUGUUUGUAACGAUGACUGUAUAAAAGAGGUUUCUACAGUCGUUGGUUUGUAAUAAUUGCAUUUCACUGAAAACCCCAGUUAAGCUGUCCUGUGCUGACUUCCAGUGUCCUCAGUCAUGUGGUCCAAGAGCAUAACUUAUCUGUAUUAACCUAUGGUUAAUGCUAUUAUCAUGUGGUCUAAGAGCAUAACUUAUCUGUAUUAACUUAUGGUUAAUGCCAUAUUUUUUUUUCAUCUUGACGUUUUUGUUUUGUUUUGUUUUGUUUGUUUUUAGUCUUGUUUGUAUUUGUUUUAAACCAAAUUUGUAGGCAGUCAAAAAUGUCAUGCAUUUCUUUUCAUAAAAUAAAAAUGUA